AUGCAAACAGUGGGUACACGAUUAAAGCGAGAAUAUUGUAAGCAAUUUCUUGCAACAGGUAAACGCCGUAAACGAUGCUUCGGGAAUACAAAUACCUUUUCGGAUACGUAUGAAGAAUUCUCCCAUGACUCAUCAAUUUCGGCAACAGAUGAAGAUGACUCUUCGGUUAUGGACACCAGCAACUCUGAAUCUUCUGAUCAUGAUGAGCACUCGUCCUCGGAGGAAAAUGAAAGCAGCUUCUUCAGUAUUGAAGAAUCAUCUUUUGACUCUUCAGGAGCAGCGACAUAUUUAGAUAAGUCUUCGAGUAUGGAAAUCAGUGACUCCAAAUCUAUUGAUGAUGAUGAGGAUUCGUCCUCAGGGAAAGAUAAAAGCAGUUCGUUUAGUAUUGAAGAAUCAUCUUUUGACUCUUCAGGAGCAGCGACAUAUUUAGAUACGUCUUCGAGCAUGGAAAUCAGUGACUCCAAAUCUAUUGAUGAUGAAGAGGAUUCGUCCUCAGGAAAAGAUAAAAGCAGUUCGUUCAGUAUUGAACAAUCAUCUUUUGACUCUUCAGGAGCAGCGACAUAUUUAGAUAUGUCUUCGAGCAUGGAAAUAAGUGACUCUAAAUCUAUUGAUGAUGAAGAGGAUUCGUUCUCAGGAAAAGAUAAAAUCAGUUCGUUCAGUAUUGAACAAUCAUCUUUUGACUCUUCAGGAGCAGCGACAUAUUUAGAUACGUCUUCGAGCAUGGAAAUUAGUGACUCUAAAUCUAUUGAUGAUGAAGAGGAUUCGUCCUCAGGAAAAGAUAAAAGUAGCUCCUUUAGUAAUGAAGAAUUAUCCCUUGAAUCUUCAGGUACAGACACAGAUGUCGAUAAGUCUUCGAGUUUGGAAACCGAAGAAUCAGGAUUUAUUGAUGAUGAUAAGCAUCCGUUUUCAAACGAGUCUAAGUCCUCUGAUAAUGGCGAAAAAGAAUACUACACCAAAGAAGAUUCAUUUAUGUUUUCGGCCGGCGAUAGCUCUGAAUUUUCUGACGAAGAUAGAGAACGGAGUUACGAGGAGAAAUACUUAGAAUCUUCGGCAGCACCAACGGCUGAAGAACGUUCUGAGACUGCAGCUAUAGAUUCUGAAUCUCCGUCGUCUUCAAUCGGUAAUGCAGAAACAACAAACACAUUUUCUACGAUCUCCGAAGCAACCGCUUUAUCUGAAACCUCGAAAUCAUCUGAAGCGACAAUUGGUUCUUCUUCCGAAACAACAAUUCUGCCAACCACGGCUACAGCUACAAAUUCUGAAUCUCCGUCGUCUUCAUUCGGAAAUGCAGAAACAACAAACUCAUUAUCUUCGAUCUCCGAAGCAACCACUUUAUCUGAAACCUCGAAAUCCUCUGAAGCAACAACUGGCUCUUCUUCCGAAACAACAAUUCUGCCAACGACGGCUACAGCUACAGAUUCUGAAUCUCCGUCGUCUUCAAGCGAAAAUGCAGAAAUAACAAACACAUUUUCUACGAUCUUCGAAGCACCUACUUUAUCUGAAACCUCGAGAUUAUCUGAAGCAACAAUUUUGCCAACCACGACUACAGCUACAGAUUCUGAAUCUCCGUCGCCUUCAGUCGGAAAUGCAGAAACAACUUUAUCUGAAACCUCGAAAUCGUCUAAAGCAACAACUGGCUCUUCUUCCGAAACAACAAUUCUGCCAACCACGGCUACAGCUACAGAUUCUGAAUCUGCGUCGUCUUCAACCGAAAAUACAGACACAACAAAACCAUCAACUACGAUCUCCGAAACAACCACUUUAUCUGCAACCUCGAAAUCGUCUGAAGCAACAACUGGCUCUUCUUCCGAAACAGCAAUUCUGCCAACGACGUCUACAGCUACAGAUUCUGAAUCUCCGUCGUCUUCAAGCGGAAAUGCAGAAACAACAAACACAUUUUCUACGAUCUCCGAAGCUACCACUUUGUCUGAAACCUCGAAAUCGUCUGAAGCAACAACUGGCUCUUCUUCCGAAACAGCAAUUCUGGCAACCACGGCUACAGCUACAGAUUCUGAAUCUCCGUCGUCUUCAAUCCGAAAUGCAGGAACAACAAACACAUUAUCUACGAUCUCCGAAGCUACCACUUUAUCUGAAACCUCGAAAUCGUCUGAAGCAACAAUUGGGUCUUCUUCCGAAACAGCAAUUCUGCCAACGACGUCUACAGCUACAGAUUCUGAAUCUCCGUCGUCUUCCAGCGGAAAUCCAGAAACAACAAACACAUUUUCUACGAUCUCCGAAGCUACCACUUUAUCUGAAACCUCGAAAUCGUCUGAAGCAACAAUUGGGUCUUCUUCCGAAACAACAAUUCUGCCAACGACGGCUACAGCUACAGAUUCUGAAUCUCCGUCGUCUUCAAGCGGAAAUGCAGAAGCAACAAACACAUUUUCUACGAUCUCCGAAGCUACCACUUUAUCUGAAACCUCGAAAUCAUCUGAAGCAACAACUGGCUCUUCUUCCGAAACAACAAUUCUGCCAACGUCGGCUACCGCUACAGAUUCUGAAUCUCCGUCGUCUUCAAGCGGAAAUGCAGAAGCAGCAAACACAUUUUCUACGAUCUCCGAAGCUACCACUUUAUCUGAAACCUCGAAAUCGUCUGAAGCAACAACUGGCUCUUCUUCCGAAACAGCAAUUCUGCCAACGACGUCUACAGCUACAGAUUCUGAAUCUCCGUCGUCUUCAAGCGGAAAUGCAGAAACAACAAACACAUUUUCUACGAUCUCCGAAGCUACCACUUUAUCUGAAACCUCGAAAUCGUCUGAAGCAACAAUUUUGCCAAUCGCGGCUACAGUUACAGGUUCUGAAUCUCCGUCGUCUUCAAUCGGAAAUGCAGAAACAACAAACACAUUUUCUACGAUCUCCGAAGCUACCACUUUAUCUGAAACCUCGAAAUCGUCUGAAGCAACAACUGGCUCUUCUUCCGAAGCAGCAAUUCUGCCAACCACAGCUACAGCUACAGUUACAGAUUCUGAAUCUCAGUCGUCUUCAAUCGGUAACGCAGAAACAACAAACACAUUUUCUACGAUCUCCGAAGCAACCACUUUAUCUGAAACCUCGAAAUCAUCUGAAGCAACAACUGGCUCUUCUUCCGAAACAACAAUUCUGCCAACCAAGGCUACAGCUAUAGAUUCUGAAUCUCCGUCGUCUUCAAUCGGAAAUACAGAAACAACAAACACACUUUCUACUAUCUCCGAAGCAACCACUUUAUCUGAAACCUCGAAAUCGUCUGAAGCAGCAACUGGCUCUCCUUCCGAAACAACAAUUCUGCCAACGACGGCUACAGCUACAGAUUCUGAAUCUCAGUCGUCUUCACUCGGUAACGCAGAAACAACAAACACAUUUUCUACAAUCUCCGAAGCUACCACUUUAUCUGAAACCUCGAAAUCAUCUGAAGCAACAACUGGUUCUUCUUCCGAAACAACAAUUCUGCCAACGUCGGCUACAGCUACAGAUUCUGAAUCUCCGUCGUCUUCAAGCGGAAAUGCAGAAACAACAAACACAUUUUCUACAAUCUCCGAAGCUACCACUUUAUCUGAAACCUCGAAAUCGUCUGAAGCAACAACUGGCUCUUCUUCCGAAACAACAAUUCUGCCAACGACGGCCACAGCAACAGAUUCUGAAUCUCCGUCGUCUUCAAGCGGAAAUGCAGAAACAACAAACACAUUUUCAACGAUCUCCGAAGCUACCACGUUAUCUGAAACCUCGAAAUCAUCUGAAGCAACAAUUUUGCCAACCACGGCUACAGCUACAGGUUCUGAAUCUCAGUCGUCUUCAAUCGGUAACGCGAAAACAACAAACACAUUUUCUACGAUCUCCGAAGCAACCACUUUAUCUGAAACCUCGAAAUCGUCUGAAGCAACAACUGGCUCUUCUUCCGAAACAACAAUUCUGCCAACGACGGCCACAGCUACAGAUUCUGAAUCUCCGUCGUCUUCAAGCGGAAAUGCAGAAACAACAAACACAUUUUCUACGAUCUCCGCAGCUACCACUUUAUCUGAAACCUCGAAAUCAUCUGAAACAACAAUUUUGCCAACCACGGCUACAGCUACAGGUUCUGAAUCUCCGUCGCCUCCAAUCGGAAAUGCAGAAACAACAAACACAUUUCCUACGAUCUCCGAAGCUACCACUUUGUCUGAAACCUCGAAAUCGUCUGAAGCAACAACUGGCUCUUCUUCCGAAACAGCAAUUCUGGCAACCACGGCUACAGCUACAGAUUCUGAAUCUCCGUCGUCUUCAAGCGGAAAUGCAGGAACAACAAACACAUUAUCUACGAUCUCCGAAGCUACCACUUUAUCUGAAACCUCGAAAUCGUCUGAAGCAACAACUGGCUCUUCUUCCGAAACAACAGUUCUGCCAACGACGGCUACAGCUACAGAUUCUGAAUCUCCGUCGUCUUCAAGCGGAAAUGCAGAAACAACAAACACAUUUUCUACGAUCUCCGAAGCUACCACUUCAUCAGAAACCUCGAAAUCAUCUGAAGCAACAACUGCCUCUUCUUCCGAAACAACAAUUCUGCCAACCACGGCUUCAGCUACAGAUUCUGAAACUCCGUCGUCUUCAAGCGGAAAUGCAGAAACGACAAACACAUUUUCUACAAUCUCCGAAGCAACCACUUUAUCUGAAACCUCGAAAUCAUCGGAAGCAACAAUUGGGUCUUCUUCCGAAACAACAAUUCUGCCAACCACGGCUACAGUUGCAGAUUCUGAACCUCCGUCGGCUUCAAUCGGAAAUGCAAAAACAACAGUCUCAUUAUCUACGAUCUCCGAAGCUACCGCUUUAUCUGAAACCUCGAAAUCGUCUGAAGCAAUAACUGCCUCUUCUUCCGAAACAGCAAUUCUGCCAACGACGGCUACAGCUACAUAUUCUGAAUCUGCGUCGUCUUUAAGCAGAAAUGCAGAAACAACAAACACAUUUUCUACGAUCUCCGAAGCUACCACUUUAUCUGAAACCUCGAAAUCGUCUGAAGCAAUAACUGGCUCUUCUUCCGAAGCAACAAUUCUGCCAACGACGGCUACAGCUACAAAUUCUGUAUCUCCGUCGUCUUCAAGCGGAAAUGCAGAAACAACAAACACAUUUUCUACGAUCUCCGAAGCUACCACUUUAUCUGAAACCUCGAGAUCAUCUGAAGCAACAAUUUUGCCAACCACGGCUAUAGCUACAGGUUCUGAAUCUCCGUCGUCUUCAAUCGGUAGCGCAGAAACAACAAACACAUUUUCUACGAUCUCCGAAGCAACCACGUUAUCUGAAACCUCGAAAUCAUCUGAAGCAACAACUGGCUCUUCUUCCGAAACAAAUAUUCUGCCAACGACGGCUAGAACUACAGAUUCUGAAUCUCCGUCGUCUUCAAGCGGAAAUGCAGAAACAACAAGCACAUUUUCCACGAUCUCCGAAGCUACCACUUUAUCUGAAACCUCGAAAUCGUCUGAAGCAACAACUGCCUCUUCUUCCGAAACAACAAUUCUGCCAACGACGGCCACAGCAACAGAUUCUGAAUCUCCGUCGUCUUCAAGCGGAAAUGCAGAAACAACAAACACAUUUUCUACGAUCUCCGAAGCUACCACUUCAUCAGAAACCUCGAAAUCAUCUGAAGCAACAACUGCCUCUUCUUCCGAAACAACAAUUCUGCCAACCACGGCUUCAGCUACAGAUUCUGAAACUCCGUCGUCUUCAAGCGGAAAUGCAGAAACGACAAACACAUUUUCUACAAUCUCCGAAGCAACCACUUUAUCUGAAACCUCGAAAUCAUCGGAAGCAACAAUUGGGUCUUCUUCCGAAACAACAAUUCUGCCAACCACGGCUACAGUUGCAGAUUCUGAACCUGCGUCGGCUUCAAUCGGAAAUGCAAAAACAACAGUCUCAUUAUCUACGAUCUCCGAAGCUACCGCUUUAUCUGAAACCUCGAAAUCGUCUGAAGCAAUAACUGCCUCUUCUUCCGAAACAGCAAUUCUGCCAACGACGGCUACAGCUACAUAUUCUGAAUCUGCGUCGUCUUUAAGCAGAAAUGCAGAAACAACAAACACAUUUUCUACGAUCUCCGAAGCUACCACUUUAUCUGAAACCUCGAAAUCGUCUGAAGCAAUAACUGGCUCUUCUUCCGAAGCAACAAUUCUGCCAACGACGGCUACAGCUACAAAUUCUGUAUCUCCGUCGUCUUCAAGCGGAAAUGCAGAAACAACAAACACAUUUUCUACGAUCUCCGAAGCUACCACUUUAUCUGAAACCUCGAGAUCAUCUGAAGCAACAAUUUUGCCAACCACGGCUAUAGCUACAGGUUCUGAAUCUCCGUCGUCUUCAAUCGGUAGCGCAGAAACAACAAACACAUUUUCUACGAUCUCCGAAGCAACCACGUUAUCUGAAACCUCGAAAUCAUCUGAAGCAACAACUGGCUCUUCUUCCGAAACAAAUAUUCUGCCAACGACGGCUAGAACUACAGAUUCUGAAUCUCCGUCGUCUUCAAGCGGAAAUGCAGAAACAACAAGCACAUUUUCCACGAUCUCCGAAGCUACCACUUUAUCGGAAACAUCGAAAUCGUCUGAAGCAACAACUGGCUCUUCUUCCGAAACAACAAUUCUGCCAACGACGGCUACAGCUACAGAUUCUGAAUCUCCGUCGUCUUCAGUCGGAAAUGCAGAAACAACUUUAUCUGAAAUCUCGAAAUCCUCUGAAGCAACAAUUGGCUCUUCUUACGAAACAACAAUUCUGCCAACCACGGCUACUGCUACAGAUUCUGAAUCUCCGUCGUCUUCAGUCGGAAAUGCAGAAACAACUUUAUCUGAAAUCUCGAAAUCGUCUGAAGCAACAUCUGGCUCUUCUUCCGAAACAACAAUUCUGCCAACGACGGCUACAGCUACAGAUUCUGAAUCUCCCUCGUCUUCAAGCGGAAAUGCAGAAACAACAAACACAUUUUCUGCGAUCUCCGAAGCAACCACUUUAUCUGAAACCUCGAAAUCAUCUGAAGCCACAAUUUUGCCAACCACGACUACAGCUACAGAUUCUGAAUCUUCGUCGUCUUCAGUGGGAAAUGCAGAAACAACUUUAUCUGAAAUCUCGAAAUCGUCUGAAGCAACAACUGGAUCUUCUUCCGAAACAACAAUUCUGCCAACGACGGCUACAGCUACAGAUUCUGAAUCUCCGUCGUCUUCAAGCGGAAAUGCAGAAACAACAAACACAUUUUCUACGAUCUCCGAAGCAACCACUUUAUCUGAAACCUCGAAAUCAUCUGAAGCCACAAUUUUGCCAACCACGACUACAGCUACAGAUUCUGAAUCUCCGUCGUCUUCAGUCGGAAAUGCAGAAACAACUUUAUUUGAAACCUCGAAAUCGUCUGAAGCAACAAUUGGCUCUUCUUCCGAAACAACAAUUCUGCCAACCACGGCUACAGCUAUAGAUUCUGAAUCUCCGUCGUCUUCAAUCGGUAAUGCAGAAACAACAAACACAUUUUCUACGAUCUCCGAAGCAACCACUUUAUCUGAAACCUCGAAAUCAUCUGAAGCAACAACUGGCUCUUCUUCCGAAACAACAAUUCUGCCAACAUCGGCUACAGCUACAGAUUCUGAAUCUCCGUCGUCUUCAAGCGGAAAUACAGAAACAACAAACACAUUUGCUACGAUCUCCGAAGCUACCACUUUAUCUGAAACCUCGAAAUCGUCUGAAGCAACAACUGGCUCUUCUUCCGAAACAACAAUUUUGCCAACCACGACUACAGCUACAGAUUCUGAAUCUCCGUCGUCUUCAGUCGGAAAUGCAGAAACAACUUUAUUUGAAACCUCGAAAUCGUCUGAAGCAACAAUUGGCUCUUCUUCCGAAACAACAAUUCUGCCAAUCACGGCUACAGCUAUAGAUUCUGAAUCUCCGUCGUCUUCAAUCGGAAAUGCAGAAACAACAAACACAUUUUCUACGAUGUCCGAAGCUACCACUUUAUCUGAAACCUCGAAAUCAUCUGAAGCAACAACUGGCUCUUCUUCCGAAACAACAAUUCUGCCAACCAAGGCUACAGCUAUAGAUUCUGAAUCUCCGUCGUCUUCAAUCGGAAAUGCAGAAACAACAAACACAUUUUCUACUAUCUCCGAAGCAACCACUUUAUCUGAAACCUCGAAAUCGUCUGAAGCAGCAACUGGCUCUUCUUCCGAAACAACAAUUCUGCCAACGACGGCUACAGCUACAGAUUCUGAAUCUCAGUCGUCUUCACUCGGUAACGCAGAAACAACAAACACAUUUUCUACAAUCUCCGAAGCUACCACUUUAUCUGAAACCUCGAAAUCGUCUGAAGCAACAACUGGCUCUUCUUCCGAAACAACAAUUCUGCCAACCAAGGCUACAGCUAUAGAUUCUGAAUCUCCGUCGUCUUCAAGCGGAAAUGCAGAAACAACAAACACAUUUGCUACGAUCUCCGAAGCUACCACUUUAUCUGAAACCUCGAAAUCGUCUGAAGCAACAACUGGCUCUUCUUCCGAAACAACAAUUUUGCCAACCACGACUACAGCUACAGAUUCUGAAUCUCCGUCGUCUUCAGUCGGAAAUGCAGAAACAACUUUAUUUGAAACCUCGAAAUCGUCUGAAGCAACAAUUGGCUCUUCUUCCGAAACAACAAUUCUGCCAACCACGGCUACAGCUAUAGAUUCUGAAUCUCCGUCGUCUUCAAUCGGUAAUGCAGAAACAACAAACACAUUUUCUACGAUCUCCGAAGCAACCACUUUAUCUGAAACCUCGAAAUCAUCUGAAGCAACAACUGGCUCUUCUUCCGAAACAACAAUUCUGCCAACAUCGGCUACAGCUACAGAUUCUGAAUCUCCGUCGUCUUCAAGCGGAAAUGCAGAAACAACAAACACAUUUGCUACGAUCUCCGAAGCUACCACUUUAUCUGAAACCUCGAAAUCGUCUGAAGCAACAACUGGCUCUUCUUCCGAAACAACAAUUUUGCCAACCACGACUACAGCUACAGAUUCUGAAUCUCCGUCGUCUUCAGUCGGAAAUGCAGAAACAACUUUAUUUGAAACCUCGAAAUCGUCUGAAGCAACAAUUGGCUCUUCUUCCGAAACAACAAUUCUGCCAACCACGGCUACAGCUAUAGAUUCUGAAUCUCCGUCGUCUUCAAUCGGUAAUGCAGAAACAACAAACACAUUUUCUACGAUCGCCGAAGCAACCACUUUAUCUGAAACCUCGAAAUCAUCUGAAGCAACAACUGGCUCUUCUUCCGAAACAACAAUUCUGCCAACAUCGGCUACAGCUACAGAUUCUGAAUCUCCGUCGUCUUCAAGCGGAAAUGCAGAAACAACAAACACAUUUUCUACGAUGUCCGAAGCUACCACUUUAUCUGAAACCUCGAAAUCAUCUGAAGCAACAAUUUUCCCAACCACAGCUACAGCUACAGCUACAGAUUCUGAAUCUCCGUCGUCUUCAGUCGGAAAUGCAGAAACAACAAACACAUUUUCUACGAUGUCCGAAGCAACCACUUUAUCUGAAACCUCGAAAUCAUCUGAAGCAACAACUGGCUCUUCUUCCGAAACAACAAUUCUGCCAACGUCGGCUACAGCUACAGAUUCUGAAUCUCCGUCGUCUUCAAGCGGAAAUGCAGAAACAACAAACACAUUUUCUACGAUCUCCGAAGCUACCACUUUAUCUGAAACCUCGAAAUCAUCUGAAGCAACAACUGGCUCUUCUUCCGAAACAACAAUUUUGCCAACCACGACUACAGCUACAGAUUCUGAAUCUCCGUCGUCUUCAGUCGGAAAUGCAGAAACAACUUUAUUUGAAACCUCGAAAUCGUCUGAAGCAACAAUUGGCUCUUCUUCCGAAACAACAAUUCUGCCAACCACGGCUACAGCUAUAGAUUCUGAAUCUCCGUCGUCUUCAAUCGGUAAUGCAGAAACAACAAACACAUUUUCUACGAUCUCCGAAGCAACCACUUUAACAGAAACCUCGAAAUCAUCUGAAGCCACAAUUUUGCCAACCACGACUACAGCUACAGGUUCUGAAUCUCCGUCGUCUUCAGUCGGAAAUGCAGAAACAACUUUAUUUGAAACCUCGAAAUCGCCUGAAGCAACAACUGGCUCUUCUUCCGAAACAACAAUUCUGCCAACGUCGGCUACAGCUACAGAUUCUGAAUCUCCGUCGUCUUCAAGCGGAAAUGCAGAAGCAACAAACACAUUUUCUACGAUCUCCGAAGCUACCACUUUAUCUGAAACCUCGAAAUCGUCUGAAGCAACAACUGGCUCUUCUUCCGAAACAGCAAUUCUGCCAACGACGUCUACAGCUACAGAUUCUGAAUCUCCGUCGUCUUCAAGCGGAAAUGCAGAAACAACAAACACAUUUUCUACGAUCUCCGAAGCUACCACUUUAUCUGAAACCUCGAAAUCGUCUGAAGCAACAAUUGGGUCUUCUUCCGAAACAGCAAUUCAGCCAACGACGUCUACAGCUACAGAUUCUGAAUCUCCGUCGUCUUCCAGCGGAAAUGCAGAAACAACAAACACAUUUUCUACGAUCUCCGAAGCUACCACUUUAUCUGAAACCUCGAAAUCGUCUGAAGCAACAAUUGGGUCUUCUUCCGAAACAGCAAUUCUGCCAACGACGUCUACAGCUACAGAUUCUGAAUCUCCGUCGUCUUCAAGCGGAAAUGCAGAAGCAACAAACACAUUUUCUACGAUCUCCGAAGCUACCACUUUAUCUGAAACCUCGAAAUCAUCUGAAGGAACAACUGGCUCUUCUUCCGAAACAACAAUUCUGCCAACGUCGGCUACAGCUACAGAUUCUGAAUCUCCGUCGUCUUCAAGCGGAAAUGCAGAAGCAACAAACACAUUUUCUACGAUCUCCGAAGCUACCACUUUAUCUGAAACCUCGAAAUCGUCUGAAGCAACAACUGGCUCUUCUUCCGAAACAGCAAUUCUGCCAACGACGUCUACAGCUACAGAUUCUGAAUCUCCGUCGUCUUCAAGCGGAAAUGCAGAAACAACAAACACAUUUUCUACGAUCUCCGAAGCUACCACUUUAUCUGAAACCUCGAAAUCGUCUGAAGCAACAAUUUUGCCAACCGCGGCUACAGUUACAGGUUCUGAAUCUCCGUCGUCUUCAAGCGGAAAUGCAGAAACAACAAACACAUUUUCUACGAUCUCCGAAGCUACCACUUUAUCUGAAACCUCGAAAUCGUCUGAAGCAACAACUGGCUCUUCUUCCGAAGCAGCAAUUCUGCCAACCACAGCUACAGCUACAGCUACAGAUUCUGAAUCUCAGUCGUCUUCAAUCGGUAACGCAGAAACAACAAACACAUUUUCUACGAUCUCCGAAGCAACCACUUUAUCUGAAACCUCGAAAUCAUCUGAAGCAACAACUGGCUCUUCUUCCGAAACAACAAUUCUGCCAACCAAGGCUACAGCUAUAGAUUCUGAAUCUCCGUCGUCUUCAAUCGGAAAUGCAGAAACAACAAACACAUUUUCUACUAUCUCCGAAGCAACCACUUUAUCUGAAACCUCGAAAUCGUCUGAAGCAGCAACUGGCUCUUCUUCCGAAACAACAAUUCUGCCAACGACGGCUACAGCUACAGAUUCUGAAUCUCAGUCGUCUUCACUCGGUAACGCAGAAACAACAAACACAUUUUCUACAAUCUCCGAAGCUACCACUUUAUCUGAAACCUCGAAAUCAUCUGAAGCAACAACUGGUUCUUCUUCCGGAACAACAAUUCUGCCAACGUCGGCUACAGCUACAGAUUCUGAAUCUCCGUCGUCUUCAAGCGGAAAUGCAGAAACAACAAACACAUUUUCUACGAUCUCCGAAGCAACCACUUUAUCUGAAACCUCGAAAUCAUCUGAAGCAACAACUGGCUCUUCUUCCGAAACAACAAUUCUGCCAACCACGGCUACAGCUACAGAUUCUGAAUCUCCGUCGUCUUCAAUCGGAAAUGCAGAAACAACAAACCCAUUAUCUACGAUCUCCGAAGCUACCACUUUAUCUGAAACCUCGAAAUCAUCUGAAGCAACAACUGGCUCUUCUUCCGAAACAACAAUUCUGCCAACGACGGCUACAGCUACAGAUUCUGAAUCUCCGUCGUCUUCAAGCGGAAAUGCAGAAACGACAAACACAUUUUCUACGAUCUCCGAAGCUACCACUUUAUCUGAAACCUCGAAAUCGUCUGAAGCAACAACUGGCUCUUCUUCCGAAACAACAAUUCUGCCAACGACGGCCACAGGUACAGAUUCUGAAUCUCCGUCGUCUUCAAGCGGAAAUGCAGAAACAACAAACACAUUUUCUACGAUCUCCGAAGCUACCACUUUAUCUGAAACCUCGAAAUCAUCUGAAGCAACAAUUUUGCCAACCACGGCUACAGCUACAGGUUCUGAAUCUCCGUCGCCUCCAAUCGGAAAUGCAGAAACAACAAACACAUUUCCUACGAUCUCCGAAGCUACCACUUUGUCUGAAACCUCGAAAUCGUCUGAAGCAACAACUGGCUCUUCUUCCGAAACAACAGUUCUGCCAACGACGGCUACAGCUACAGAUUCUGAAUCUCCGUCGUCUUCAAUCGGAAAUGCAGAAACAACAAACCCAUUAUCUACGAUCUCCGAAGCUACCACUUUAUCUGAAACCUCGAAAUCAUCUGAAGCAACAACUGGCUCUUCUUCCGAAACAACAAUUCUGCCAACCACGGCUACAGCUACAGAUUCUGAAUCUCCGUCGUCUUCAAUCGGAAAUGCAGAAACAACAAACCCAUUAUCUACGAUCUCCGAAGCUACCACUUUAUCUGAAACCUCGAAAUCAUCUGAAGCAACAACUGGCUCUUCUUCCGAAACAACAAUUCUGCCAACGACGGCUACAGCUACAGAUUCUGAAUCUCCGUCGUCUUCAAGCGGAAAUGCAGAAACGACAAACACAUUUUCUACGAUCUCCGAAGCUACCACUUUAUCUGAAACCUCGAAAUCGUCUGAAGCAACAACUGGCUCUUCUUCCGAAACAACAAUUCUGCCAACGACGGCCACAGGUACAGAUUCUGAAUCUCCGUCGUCUUCAAGCGGAAAUGCAGAAACAACAAACACAUUUUCUACGAUCUCCGAAGCCACCACUUUAUCUGAAACCUCGAAAUCAUCUGAAGCAACAAUUUUGCCAACCACGGCUACAGCUACAGGUUCUGAAUCUCCGUCGCCUCCAAUCGGAAAUGCAGAAACAACAAACACAUUUCCUACGAUCUCCGAAGCUACCACUUUGUCUGAAACCUCGAAAUCGUCUGAAGCAACAACUGGCUCUUCUUCCGAAACAACAGUUCUGCCAACGACGGGUACAGCUACAGAUUCUGAAUCUCCGUCGUCUUCAAGCGGAAAUGCAGAAACGACAAACACAUUGUCUACGAUCUCCGAAGCAACCACUUUAUCUGAAACCUCGAAAUCAUCUGAAGCAACAAUUGGCUCUUCUUCCGAAACAACAGUUCUGCCAACCACGGCUACGGCUGCAGAUUCUGAAUCUCCGUUGUCUUCAAUCGGAAAUGCAGAAACAACUUUUUCUGAAACCUCGAAAUCAUCUGAAGCCACUAUUGGCUCUUUUUCCGAAACAACAAUUCUGCCAACCACAGCUACAGUUACAGAUUCUGAAUCUCCGUCGUCUUCAAUCGGAAAUGCAAAAACAACAAACACAUUUCCUACGAUCUCCGAAGCAACCACUUUAUCUGAAACCUCGUAA